UCAAAAUACAAAAUGAUACCUUCUUUCAUGCUUUUAGGAUUGCUAAUAAACGAGUCCGGCUGUUUCGAAAUGGUCGUGGGCAACAUCUCUACCGCCAACGUUACCGUGAACGUGCUAUGUAAUGUGAAACCGGGUUCUUUGACGGCUAACGAUUUUUCCCAAGUAAUUGGUCUUCUGAUGGGCACUACGGUGUUGACGGUAGCGGUGAUAGGCAACGGCCUGGUAUGCUACAUUGUGAUAUUUUCGUAUCAGAUGCGUUCGCUGAUCAAUUUACUGAUAGUCAACAUAGCUGUCAGUGAUCUUUUUUUGUCCUUACUGUACGUGCCUUUUUUGUUAUACGUACUGUUCCUUAAUCACUGGCCAUUCGGAAACAGACUUUGUUACAUGUUUUGCUAUUCGAUCGCAGUGGCUGUUCAGGUCAGUUCGUACACAAUGGUGGCCAUCAGUGUAAACAGAUACAUAGCUGUAGUCUGGCCACUUAGGACUCGAGCCAGUAGGAAACACACAAAGUCCAUAAUCGCUGUGGUGUGGGUAGUGGCCGCGAUAAGUUCUUUGCCGUUUUUGUAUAUUACUUCGGUGGAGCAACCUUCCAUUUGGUAUCAAAAAUGCGAGUUGUAUGUGUGCUUUGGAUCACGGUGGAACGAAAACGUUCCAAGGGUCUAUAAAGAAUUGUUGAUCACCAUGCAAAUGCUUAUACCCGGAUCAAUAUUACUUUUCACAUAUGGAAGUAUUGCCGUGGCACUAUGGAGAAGAAGACGAAAGCAGAGAUCGGUCACUUUACCUAAAUCUAAUAUUAAAACGAUUCAAAUGAUGAUCAUUAUUGUUAUAGCAUUUAUAGUCUCGUGGACGCCUUUCAAUAUUUUUCUUACACUGACAAAUACAGAUCCCUUAUUGUCGAUGAUUACUAGGGACGAACAUUCUCACUUGUGGUUCUUGUUAUAUUGGAUGGGCAUGUCACACUCGUGUUACAAUCCUAUUAUAUGCAUUUGUAUGAACGACCAGUACCAAAUAGAAUUUAUCGGCCUAAUGCACAGGAUACUAGGAUGUGGCAGGUUUACCCACAUGCUGAGACGACCAAUAACUGCUUAAAUGGAAACGUGUAUGUAAAUUAUGCACGUGUUGUUUGUGUGAAAAACAUUGUCUAAUGGUGCGACAACCCUUAUUUAGGAACGCCAUUUCAUUUUUAUAUGUUCAGCAAUUGUGUGCUGCAUUAUUGAGAGAGUAAUUUAAAGUGAUAUAACAAGAAAAAUUGGUCACGGCUUAGCGGGAAUCUAUGCCAAUAUAAAAAAGUAUUCAAAAACAAGACAAUUGUUUGGUAUAUUGUGCAUUCGGCUAUAUUGAAUUAGAAAUUAUUGUAAUAAUAAUAAGUAAUUUCAUAGGACAACUAAAACGGUUCAGCCCUCUUUAUAUCAGUUUUAUUUUUUAAACAUGUUUUGUAUGUAUAACUAUU